AUGUCAGAAGACCCGAUUCUCCUGUCCCGCCCAUUUUUGUUUGUUCUACUCGGAAUUCUUAUUUAUAUUCCGAUUAGUUACUAUUAUUGGUUUCUAGCUUUGUUGGCUUUUUUUGCAGGUUUUUGCUUACUGUCAAAAGUUUUGAAGAAUGGAAAACGAAUUUUGCUUUUUUUGACUUAUGGAGAGUCUCAAGAAGGAACACUGGAGACACUUACAGUAUACCGAACGGAGAGAGGAAGAUUGGAAAAGAAAAUUCUGAAGGAUGGAAGGUUCGAGAUCAUUGGGGAGAAGCAGAUUUUCGAAUUUCUUUAG